CCUUGACACGAGGAUGUACGUCGUUUAUUUACCAUAAUGUGUUUUUGUGAUUUCACCCAACAAACCAUACGUAAAGGCACAUUCAACACCUCAGAAAAUAGACUACCGUAAAAUGGCAGACUUCUCUUCGCUUGGGUUGUCAGAGUGGUUGAUAAAACAAUGCCGACAAUUAGGAAUCAGUAAACCGACCCCUGUCCAAGAAAACUGCCUGCCAGCCAUUCUCGAAGGUCGAGACUGUUUAGGUUGUGCCAAGACUGGCAGUGGGAAGACUGCUGCCUUCGUCCUGCCAGUGUUACAGAAACUGUCAGAGGACCCGUAUGGCAUCUUCUGCUUGGUGCUCAGUCCCACCAGGGAGCUGGCAUACCAGAUUGCUGAGCAGUUCAGAGUCUUGGGCAAACCGCUGGGCCUGCGUGACUGCAUCAUCGUCGGUGGAAUGGAUAUGGUGACCCAGGCCUUGGCACUGUCUAAGAAACCUCAUGUGGUUGUAGCAACUCCAGGGCGGCUAGCCGAUCACAUCCGCAGCUCUAACACAUUCAGCAUGAGCAAGAUCCAGUUCCUGAUCCUGGAUGAGGCUGACCGGCUGCUAGAGCAGGGUUCCACAGACUUCACCAAAGACCUGGAGGUGAUCCUCGGUGUCUUACCGGCCAAACGCCAAACGCUGCUGUUCAGUGCCACCCUUACUGACACUCUGCAGCAGCUGAAGAGCAUUGCCAUGAACAAACCCUUCUUCUGGGAGAGCAAGUCGGAGACCCGUACUGUGGAGGAACUGGACCAGAGGUACAUUCUCACUCCAGAGAAGGUGAAGGAUGCCUACCUGGUCCACCUGAUCCAGAAGUUCACCGAUGAACACGACGACUGGUCCCUCAUCAUCUUCACCAACACCUGCAAGAGCUGCCAAAUCCUAACCAUGAUGCUGCGAGAGCUCAACUUCCCAACCAUCUCCUUGCAUUCUAUGAUGAAACAGAAACAACGGUUUUCUAACCUGGCCAUGUUCAAAUCCAGUGUCUACAAGAUCCUGAUUGCAACAGAUGUGGCUGCUAGAGGUCUAGACAUUCCCACUGUCCAGGUCGUCAUCAAUCACAACACACCCGGCCUGCCCAAGACCUACAUCCACAGAGUGGGACGGACAGCCAGAGCAGGGAAGAAUGGUGUUUCCAUCACACUGGUGACACAGUAUGACAUCCACCUUGUUCAUUCCAUCGAAGAACAGAUUCAGACCAAGAUGAAGGAAUAUCCUGUGGUGGAGAAAGAAGUUCUGAAGAUACUCACCCAGGUCAAUGUGACCAGACGCGAGUGUGAAAUAAAACUGGAAGCAACAGACUUUGAUGAGAAAAAGGAGAUCAACAAAAGGAAACAGUUAAUUUUGGAGGGGAAGGACCCAGAGCUGGAGGCCAAGAGGAAAGCAGAGCUGGAGAAGAUCAGGGCUCAGAAGAAAAAGUUCAAAGAGAAGAUCCAGCACAACAUACAGCAGGAGAAGAAACGCAGGAAGAGACAUAUUCAAAAGAAGUCUGAGCAGGCAGUGAAAUGACCCAGCCCAGGACUUUGUCAUAUAAUACAUGAGCAGAUUUUGCUCGUGUGCAAUAUUAUUGAACUUGUACUUAUUUUAAUUUCCUUUAUUGAUGGAUUCAGUUGUACAAUGAAAUAACAUGUUCGAUGCAAAUGUGGCUCAACAUUUCAUGUUUAUUUACAUCAAUGAGAUGUCCAGUCUGCUAAUUUUUAACUGCCCAUCAAUUUUAGCAAUUAUGAUUUGAUGAACCCAGGGCAAAUAAGGUUUAACAUAUUUAUGGCGUUAAUGAUCACAGCAGAGGCUGCAAGUUGUCACUCUGGCUCAGAAGAUAAAGCAGGCCAGAGGAGUAUAUGAAAUAGCAUUUUUUUAAAGCUAAUAUAAGUCCAUUGGAACAGAUUUAUGUGAAACUAAUUCAUUGCACAGCUAAUGAAACACAGAUUGGUGAAGAAUGCACAGCGUCCAAAUUUUGCAAGACCCAGUUCAACCGUGAAAAAAAAUGUACCUAACACGAUUGUCACAUGUUGAGUUGUCUGAAGUGAAGCAGGGGAUGGACAUGUGCUAGGAAAACUAGAGAAGCAGACAACAAACUGCAAUGUAAUACAUUCUUGAAUUGAUAAAAAAAAAAAAAAAAAACAAUCCCAAAAGACAGUCUCAGUCUCACGUCACAAAACUACAAUCCCUCUGACAGUUUGAUAGUGAAGAGACAAAAAGUAAAUGGCUUACAUCUUGCUCUCAUUGAAUUACUACAAAAACAGUUAAAAAGUAAAACUACAAAAAGUGGCUUUUCUUUUUAAACAUCCAUGUCUGCCACUAUACGUGACACACAAGCAAAUCAUCAAAGAAAGCGAAAUUAGGAGAAACUUUGGGCUGCGUUUCAAUUACCUGGGUCACCUACUUCUCAAACAACUCAGAGGGAUUCAUAUCCACAAAGAACAUAAGUCUUCUAUAAGGGAAUCAAUAACAGAGGGCCAAAGUCAUGGAAAGUCACGCACUAAAGUCCACAACAGGAAAAGCGGCUCUGCAAGCCUGGGUUUGAAGUUUACUCCUCAGAGAAGGAAGGUGGCUUACAUCAUCUCUCUAACAGCUAAUCUUAAGUAUUGCCAGGCCUAUCCUAUAUAAAACACAUAAAAUAUGUUAAGUUUAGCGGUCUUUUUAUAGCCCUCUGACGUCUGGGAGGUUUGUAUGUGCUGGUAUAUGUUAGUCUCACCUACAUUCAUGCUUGUGCUGCAUCCCAUCUAUCUGAAGGUUGUUUGAGGCACUGAUUUUAAUAAUCAUUUAUCCUUAGUUUCAGAUGAAUUCCUGACCAUCACCCUAAUAGUACUGAUGGCAUUUUCACUGUGUGUAACUGUAUAUACAGUAUAGAUAGCAAACAUUUUAAAAGCAAAUGUAUGUAAAAUACAAUAGUCAAAUAUCAGGAAUAAUCCAGAGGACUCCAAAAUGUUCCUCUCCGAGUCAGGCAGUUUUUAGGUCAAACGCAGUAUUUGAACAUUGCUGCAUUUUUUCAAGGUUCUUAAUCAUUUAACAAUUCCCAGUUUCAGACUUUUCCCCCAGACCUUAAUUUGACUAGAUUUAUCAUUUUUGUUGGCCUUCAAAAUGAUGUAUGAUUGUCACCAGGUCAUGUCAAGCUCUAGCUGAACAAGAGCGACAGCAAUACAAAACUGCAGUGUGUUAAAUGACACUUUGUUGUAACCACAGGAAAUGUGUAGUGCACAAGAACCAGGACAGCAGUCCUCUUUUGUAAAAUUUCAGACAGAUCUGGAAAUAAAUCAAAACUGGACGCUGAUUCCCCCCCCCCCCCCCGACUUUUUCAGAGCUGCAUGGUGGGCCCCAAUAUUCCUCUUUCCUUAGCCACCUUCCUUUUCUCUGAGCCUGAGGUGGGGGCUGGCUGUGCCAACCUCUUGCUAAUGACACCAAGAUGUGCAUAGGACACCUAUUGAUCUCCUCAGUGUUUUUGCUUUCCUUCAGUUUAAAACGGAUUUGUUAUGUGGACAAGUUCCAGAAUCCAAAUGGGAAAUAAGCUAAGCAAAGCCUUCCUCUUAAACAGUCGCCAAUCUAAACCCACAACGCAUUUAAAGACAUCCGAGAAUCCUUUGGCCAGUAAGUACAGCAGGCCAUAGCUCAUCACUUCCAUCUUUAAAAAUAAAGCCUUUGCAGAAACUUAAAGACAUUGAGUCAAAUAUUCAAUGCUGGUCAUGUUUGAUCGUUUAUAUGUUUUUUUUUGUUUGUUUUUUUUUGCUUUUUGUGCUCCGCGAUAACGUACUUCAGAGGAAAAUCGUCUUGUGAUGAUCGCGGGAUCCAUCCUGUCAUGAUCCGCGUGUCACACCUUGAGAAACGUUCCAUCUGAAAUCCCCGUGCCACUCCACCAUUGACGUGUGGUCAAAACCAUCCCGUUUCCUGUUAAAGACCUGUUGAAUGAGCCAGCGGUUCCCAAGGAAAGUCAAAGGCAUUUCAAUCAAAGCUCUUUAAAAUCAGACAUAAGUGCAGAAACCGGUUUUUAUUUCCUCCAACUUUUGAGAGUUGAACUUCUGACAAGAGGGUGUGUCUGCUGCUGGGGUCUUAAGCGGCCAGGACCUCAUGGCCUCCGCCCCUCUCCCACGUUGAACCGAAUCUAAACGAGUCCAAGGCAUCAAAUGGGUUGACGAAUCAAUCCACUUUAAGGGUGAGGUUUUUGGAUUUUGUUUUGUUUGUUUUUUUGGGUAUCGUAUGUUCAAUGGCUUUCCAUUUUCACUCCCACAACAGGCUUACAGAAUUAGCUCAACAAAAUUCAGGUAUGAGCGCUUGCUCCUCCAUUCCCUGUCCAGAGAAACUAUAUCCCCAGAGGCUAGGGGGGGAGGUUGGGGAGCAGAGGUGGAGGUGUGGAGAGGGGCUGGUGGUGUCAUUUUGUUGGGCCUCGUUUGGUUUCCCAACGGGAGACAGCUGAGGUCUCCCGUCUUGAUUUCCCCUGGCAGCUCGACCACACGCCACCGUUUUCUUGCCUUCCUUUGUCACCUUAUCCCCACCGACGGGCAGUGGUCCCCUCUUGCUUGCUCGCUCGGUCUCUCACUCCAUCUCUCGCUGUCUCCCUGCCCGUCUGUUCGUACUCUCGUCGCCUUUUUUCUCGCUCGUGAUUGGUUUGGUUUCGCUCUCCCGUCGCUUUCACAGGGUGGUGCUUCGGUUGUAGCAGAGGAAAACAGGUAUCCAUUUUAUGUUUUUAUCA